CGCGAGAUACGCAACGUGGCGCCGGUAUCCAUGCUCGUUGUUUUUUUCAACGUCGACCAGAGAUUGUGAAUGACAGUUGAACGUAACUUGAAAAUAAUAAACCAUUAGAACAUUCAAAUAUGAGAUUGUGAUUUCAUGCGAUUGUGAAACAGAGUGUAAAAUGUAUGUAAGAAAACCACCAGUACCGGGUCGAACGAGAAAGAUCUGUAGAAUUAUCGCGACGUGGAGCCGCUGAAUAGUGAUCAGCUGAUCGUGCUCGAGUAAGACAAUCCGCUCGAGUGGGUACAAAACCCUUGUGUAUAUGUAGGUAUUUCAUACUUUGCCUGCGUUGGCAGUGCGUUCGUGCGUGAUACGCGCCUCGUGCGAGAUUCAUGUUUGUGUGGGUUCGUGAGAUGUAUAAUCGCGACACGUCUGUCACAGAAUAAAUAUAAGAUCGACCACAACGAAACUUAUAAUAGCCGCAACAUCUAAUAGUCUUGCGAGCUUGAUUGCGCCACAAAUUCCCCUAUUUGUUAAGUUUUUCCGGUUUCUCGAUCAAACGGUGUGAGAUAUCUCUAGAGUUUUGAUUUGCACGAAGGAUCCUACCCAAACAAGAGAAUACGGGCGUUUCAGGAUACAUGGAAGAAAGGGACGAAAGGUGAAGACACGACGGUUUUAUCCGUUUUUGCGUUCAGAAGUAUCUACUACUCGCAAAGAAGAAAUGGCUCGUCCUUCCGCCUGUAAUCCACUUUCGUACCUUAUUACGCGACAAAUCGACAAUAAAGUCGAUCACUGCAAACGUCUUGUUAACGCAAGAUUCAAUACCUCCGAAAAUCUAUUCAGAAAGGAUCUAUUGUCUCAUUAUGGAUGUGUUAAUGCUAUCGAAUUUUCCAAUCAAGGCGAUCUUCUUGUCUCCGGUGGUGAUGACAGGAGAGUUUUAUUGUGGAAAGUGGAGCAAGCGAUACAUGGUGUAGGUAAACCUGCAGUCAUGAAAGCUCAACAUGUCAGCAACAUUUUUUGCCUUGGUUACGACAGCAGCAAAACCAAAAUAUUUUCUGCAGGAAAUGACGAUCAAGUUAUUGUUCAUGAUUUACGAACGGGUGAUGUGCUAAAUUUCUUUUUACACGAGAAGCCUGUGUAUGGUUUGUCAGUUCAUCCACAUAACGACAAUGUAUUUGCUAGUGCUUGCGACGACGGAAGAGUUCUAAUUUAUGAUAUAAGAGGUUCUAGUGCUAUGGAAAUGUUUUGCCUAGCAAAUUACAAAACUGCUUUUCACUCUGUCAUGUUUAAUCCUGUGGAGCCCAAAGUGCUCGCUACUGCCAAUGCCAAAGAAGGUGUUAGCUUAUGGGACGUACGAAAACUUUUAGAACCUGUGUUGCGUUAUGGAAACAAGAGCUCAGCACAGAGUUGCAUGAAUGUUAGGUUUAAUGCAGCUGGUAAUAGAUUAUUAGCUUUGAGAAGGAGGUUACCCCCUGUACUCUAUGCAAUAGAUUCUCCUACUCAUUUAUGUCAAUUCGAUCAUCCUGGAUAUUAUAAUAGCUGUACAAUGAAAUCAUGUUGUUUCGCUGGAGAUAAUGACGAAUAUGUUCUUUCUGGUUCUGAUGACUUCAAUUUAUACAUGUGGAAAAUUCCUCCCGACGAUGUCAAAUGGGUGGAAUCUGCGCAUAUGGUAUUACGUGGUCAUAAAUCCAUUGUUAAUCAAGUACGAUACAAUCAAGCUAGUUGUAUUUUUGCUUCCUCUGGAGUUGAAAAAAUUAUUAAAAUUUGGAGCCCAUUUUCUCUUGAACAUGAUUGUUUAGGUGGAUUAAAGAAAGAUGAUGGACCUCAAGAAAGACAACGUAAAGUAUUUACACAUAAUGAAUACAUUGGAUUAGUAUUACGUAGUGGUCAAUUCAUGACACACGAUUACAGUCAUCAAUCAACUAGAGAAGAUCCAAGAAUGAUGGCAUUCUUCGAUUCUUUAGUUCAGCGUGAAAUUGAGGGUUGGUGUUCUGAUUCUAUGGCAUCAGGAUUAGAAACACCUAAUAGUAGUGACUCUGAUAACAGUUCUAUAAAUGGACAAAUUUCUAAUUUAACCGAUACUGAUGAUUCUACAUCUUAUAAUCGUCAAUUAAUGUUAAGUAUUUUGGAAAUUACAAUUGGAAGAACUCCCAGAGGUGGAGUAGCUCCUGAUUUAGAGUCACCAAAUCGUAUAACACGACUUAUAGCAAAUCGCAGAGAAGAACUGAUGAGACUUGCCGCUAUGGAUUGUGGCGCACCAUUAAACAAUACUUCUACUAUAGCUCCAGGUUUAUCUACUUCAGACUCCACAAGUGAUGGAGAAAAUGCACAAACGAAGCAUAGAUCAAAAUCAAAAUCAAAAGUAAAAGGCAUAAAAAGAAAACAUGAUAAAAUUUCUGGACGAAGAAGUAGAGCUAGAAGAAAGUGUGCUGUGUUACACAUUAACAGUGACUCCGAUAGUGAUGAACAACCAGUUGAUACAAUGCAACCUAGUACCAGUUCUGGUGUAAUUUCUAGAAGAUCACGAUUUGUUGCAAAUACAAUCGAAAGUGAUACAAAACAUUCAAGUUAUAGCUGUAGCAGUUCAGAAGAUAGUGAUAGUUGUAGUAAACAAAAACAUUCGAAAACUGAUUCUGACGCUUCUACAACAAUACACAGAAGAAAACAUGGAAAAUGUAAAAGUAACUCGAGAAACGAUGUUAAUAAAAGCAAAAGCAAACGACAACAGAUUGAUUAUGAUACAGAGGAAGAAAAAUCGGACUGGAAAAUUUAUUUAAAUGGUGUUGACUCGACAAAAAUUCAAGAAGAUGGUCCAUCGACGCCUGUGAACAAGUCAUGCAAAGUUCCUUCAACUCCCGACAGUGGUAUUACAUCAGGAGUAUCUACAGUUGAAAAAAAUGGUGAACAAGCACAAAAUGAGCAAAACGAUGCAGAAAGUUCUGAUUACAAACAGAAAUUGAAAAGUUUAGAGUGUUUUAGGAAGAAAGUGGAUGUAGCGAGGCGAAGCUACCAUAAUCGAUCUGCGCCUUUACCACAAACCAUUUCAACUACAACUGAUUCUUCCGAUUAAAAUCCUAUUACCUUCAGACUUUUAAUCCCUUUCCCUUUGUACAUAAUGAAUCUGUGAUUCCUUAAAGUAUAUUUUUAUAAUACUAAGUUUGAUCACACACGUAUAUGGUCGUUUUUUUUUCUAUUUUCUUCUAUUUUUUAUUAUCUUUCUGUUAUCUUCGUAAAGAUCCGUAUCAUACAGAAAGAUUCUUGUUAACAUAUGUAUUCUAUUGGAAUCUCUUACAAUACAAAACACCUUUAUAAUUGUUUUAUUAGAAUCUCUCAUGGUACAAGACUGUUUCAGAGUAACAAUAUCUUAAAGCUUCGGUAAUAAUGUGUUUUCACCAUGAUCGAUAGCCGUAAUUACAAUUUAAUCGCAAAUCAAAUAUGUUGUAAUUGGUACAGAAAGUUAUAAAUUUUGUAAUAUUUCAUCUCUCAAAUUACUAACGACCGACAUCAUAAUUAUUUACACUAGCUCGGUUUCUUACUGCAAAAUUAACAUAUUUCUAUAUGACCAUUAAAUCAUAUGUAAUCGAAACUACCACACCGCCGAGAAUUAUAUAUAAAGUAACGUUACAUUAGCUAUUACAAUGCGACUCAGCUAAUGUGUGUUGUUGACAUGGUUUGUAAGUGUGAUGGAAAAU